AUGGAUCCCGACGGGUUAGAGGAUGCUCUGGAACUGGCCAGAGACAGGUCACAAUAUCAGGGCGUGUACGUUUACCAGCCCGCAAAGUCUGGGAAAGCUCCCAGUGAACGCCCUUCGAAGCGUCGCAAGGUCUCAUCUACCGGCAAUGGAGGACAACAAUCAGGCGCGCAUUGCUUCUUGCCUUUGUUGGACGGGGAAGAGACUGCAGAGUGUGUUCAACUGCGCCAUGAUACCUACAAACAGCUAUGGUCCGAGCAGGAAGACAAGAUUCAGGAAAUCCUCGAGGAUGUUGAUGCCGGGGUCCUGACAGACGUCUUGUCUUUUGUGAGAGGAACAUCACCCCAAACGUGUAAUGGAUGUAUACCCACGGCAUUGGUGACCGUUGGAUCCAACGUGUCUUCCCUCAGCCGAUUACUCUCUCGCCUCAACGAUCAACUGAUAACGAGCGGGGAGGGUGGUGUUGUAGUGCUAGAAUCUGGCGACGCACCCAACCUCAAAACAUCCCUGAAGAACAUCAUUCGAGCGGCUGUCACCAAUACCGAAGGCAAUGACGGAUACCAGAAAUUCCUCACGGAUCGUUCUGGACCCCGAUCACUCGGGUACGAUCUGGACCUGCUUCAUGACUACGUCCAAAGAAAAGGAACUAAAAAACUGGUUCUUGCUCUGCGAGAUAGCGAAGCGUUCGAUCCAGGGCUACUAACUGAUUUGUUGUCACUCUUCAAAUCUUGGCUUGAUCGUAUUCCGUUCACAGUUUUGCUUGGAAUCUCAACCUCUGUUGAGCUAUUUGAGAGUAGACUCCCGCGCUCAUGUGUUGCCAUGCUUCAGGGGAAGCAUUUCGAGGUUCAAGAAGCAGGAAACUGUGUCGACCGCAUCUAUGAGUCCCUUCAGGCUGAACCGAGUGGGAAGAUGUGGCUUGGCCGCAAUAUCACUAGCCUCCUUUUUGAGAGGGCAAGCGACUACUUCUUGACACCGGAGGCAUUCAGUCGCAUGGUCAAGUACGCAUAUAUGUCACACUUCUUUGCCAACCCCUUGUCAACAUUUUUGGCAGAUUCAGUGCCGUCAGUAAUGUCGCGAGGCCGUUUCUGCGAAGCUAUCAGAAAUCUGCCCUCUUUCCGGAUGUUCUGCGAGGACCUUGUCGAGAGCGGCUCUGGCAAUGAAGUGCUCGCUUUGCUGGAAAACAACGAGCAUUUGUUUGAGCAAGCUCUUAAGCAUUUUGAAGCAGGACAACAAAAUAUGCGCCAAAUCUUCCAGGCUGUUCGGCUCAUCUAUUCGUGUCUCCAAUACACCCAGGGCACGAAAAAGACCAGUUUCUCUGACCUUUCUGUGAAGGCCCUUUCAGGGGAGCUGAGUGAGUCUCCAAUAGUCGACGAUAUGCUGGCUAUUGUAAGGACUUUGGAUUCCAAAAAGCUUGGACAAGUGCUUGAGACUUUGCCCAAGGAGAUGUUCGACCAAAUAUCUCUCGGUGAGAUCCAAGUCGAGUUAAGAAUCUUGCAAGAUAAAUAUGCAGAGUUCGGCCCCCUACGCAGCGAAUACAACAUCAACAACUCCGUCGUAAAGACAACCGUUGUCCAGCAGCGGAUCCAGCUCAGCAAAGCCAAAGCCAACCUUCCUGAGCAUGACAUCGAGUACACCAAGAUUCUUGAUCUCUUGAUUGGCGCUCUGCAGGAGUAUUUCGCAGAAACCUUGAUCCCGCCUCAGGAUCUGUUCCUACAUGAAGCCUUCCUCUUCGAUCUGCGCAAUCCUUUGAAAGAAACAUUUGGACCCCGUCCCCGCUUUGCAAUUGAGCGUGCUAUGACAAGCCCCUUCGACUACUUGUUUUCCUCGCCUGAUGCCUCUGGGGCCAGAAUCUCUGCCAAGCAACCUGCUACGGCUAUUCUAUAUCAACUCUACCUCGAAUCCGGUGUACUAGUCAAUGUUCAUGACUUGUGGAAGGCUUUCCAUGGUGUUUUCGAAACCGAACAGGGCAAGAAGUGCGAUGACCGCAUCGUCAUGACUUUGUUUUAUGGCGCUCUGUCAGAUUUGAAGUCCUUUGGCAUUAUCAAGAAUAGCCGGAAGAAGACCGACCAUCUUGCCAAGGUUGCAUGGAUGGGCUUGUAG